AUGAGUGUUGGGGGUAAGUGCCUCUAUUCCAAGGGACCCCCAGACUUGAUGAACAUGGAGAGAGCCAUGAGUUGCUGUCCAUAUGCUCCUGAUCCUGUCCCCUGCCCCCAGCUCCUGAUGAUAGCCUUGGAACUGAGAGGAGGAGGACAGUGUAUAGAUCCUAAGGCUCACCUGCGAAUUGAGGAACAUUGGCAUAUACUCUGUGUCCCCUUCAGCCACAGACUCGACAGCUGUGUCAUCUGUGGGGAUGAGACCCUGCUCUGCUUGCCCUUCAGAGGCUGCAUCUUCCUGAGGGAUUAUGUCAUGCACUUCAUCUCUUCCAUCGGCAGCUUCUGCCCGUUGGUCCUCUCAGCCUCUUUGGUUGAGAUGUUGCUGUCUGAGGUGUUUACAUACACAAGAGAAGAAAUGCAGAGAGUGCACAGCCGCCUCUUCCACCAGGCCUUCGGGCUGCCGCGGCUGCCCGAGGAGUGGGCGCGGUGGUUCGGCUACGUGCGGCCGCUGCCCGCCGCGGAGGCCCCCGCCGUGGCCGCGCCCGCCUAUAGCCGUGCGCUCAGCCAGCAGCUCAGCAGCGGCGUCUCGGAGAUCCAGCACACGGCCGACCCCUGGCGUGUGAACCACUUCGCCCUGGAGGAGCUGACGGUCAAGACCAAGGACGGCGUGGUGGAGAUCACGGGCAAACACGAAGAGCGACAGGACGAACUAGGCUACAUCUCCCGCUGUUUCACCGGGAAGUACACGCUGCCCCCCGCCCCCGGCGUGGACCCCACGCUGGUCUCCUCCUCACUGUCCUCUAAGGGUACGCUCACCGUGGAAGCGCUGCUGCCCAAGCCGGCCACGCAGUCGGCGGAGAUCACCAUCCCGGUCACCUUCGAGGCCCGUGCCCAGAUCGGCGGCCCAGAAGCCGGGAAGUCCGAGCAGCCUGCGGCCAAGUAGAGAGGCCUUGCGCGCCACCCAAGCCCCCAGCCCCAACCUGCGUGCCCCUUUGAUACUGUUAAGCUCCUGGUCUUCGCAAAUAAAGUUCAAAGCAG